AGUGGAUCGGCAGACCUCAACCCCACCAACAGCGGCGUCAGCGCUGCCGAAAGCUCCAGUACAUACGAUCCAAACUAUCAGACGCUGGCAGGCGUGCAAGGCGACGUUUUUGGCGCGGAUAAGAAGAAACCUGCUCCAAACGCUGCUGCUCCUGCUGCUGCUGGACCUCAGAAGCCAGCCGUUGGAAACAUUAUGGCAGGAACAUACGAUCCAAACUAUCAGACCCUUGCUGGAGUUCAAGGUGAUGUAUUUGGACCAGAUAAGAAAGAAAGCCGCUCCUCCAGCUGCUCCAACACCUCAGAAGCCAGCCGUUGGAGGCAUGGCAGAAUGUUACGUUUCAUUCUUAUCGAUGCUCACUCAGGAACGUACGAUCCCAAUUAUCAGACUCUUGCUGGAAUGAAUGCAGACGUAUUCGGUGCAGACAAGAAAAAA